AUGGAAGCUGUAACCGCUCGAGCCAUUUCCAUGCUGGCUCUUGGCAUCGGAAGUUUCCUAUCAGGUAUGCUGCCAACCUGUUUCUCAGAAAGAACGCGACAGAGCCAUCCAUUUCUCAUAUCAUGUCUCCUGUGUUUCGGAGGAGGGGUUCUCCUAUCCACCUCACUGGUCCACAUGCUGCCAGAAACCAGAGAAAAGUUACCAGAAUACUCAGAAGUGAUGCUGUGUUUAGGAUUUUUUACAGUGUAUCUUGUGGAUGAACUAUCCCAUCUGGUUUAUAAGAGUAACAGUCAUCGCCAGGAAAGGCGGGAUGUUGGGGAGCGUUCCAGUUUGCUGAUAAGAGAAAGAGAUGAUGGGGAGUUGAGAGAGAGACACGAUGGAGGGUCAGAACUUUGUCACGUUACUCAUACUGAGCCCUGUAAUAAGAAUUCCUCUAGUGUAGUUGGAUUACUCUCUGCUCUCUUCAUACAUAGUGUCUUGGAAGGAUUGGCGAUUGGUUUGCAAGAGAAUACCACCCAGGUACUUCUGCUGUUCGCAGCAGUUGCUUCUCACAAGUUUGUGGUGGGUUUCUGUCUCGGUGCAGAGCUGUGCGAGAAUUUCCCCUCUCGUAUCUGCACGCACAUCUUCUGCGUCGCUUUGUUCAGUAUGGGCUCAGUGGCAGGCAUUGCCGUGGGUUCGGGCUUAGAGAGCGUCACUGCACUGAAGGAUUCUGUCGCUGUACCCAUUAUGCAGGGCUUAGCAGCUGGUACGCUUCUGUACGUAACAGUAAGUGAAGUAUUGCCUCGCGAGAGGGCGCGAUGGCACGAACGCAAACGAAGUGCUGGCAUACUGCAGUUGAUUUCAGUUGGAACAGGAUUUGUACUUAUGUAUUUGACGACUCAAUAUUUAGAUCACGAUGCUAACUGA